GGACGCGGCCGUGCCGCAAUCGACAGCUCCCGUGGCCCCGUCUCCGCAGGCCCAACCGUCCAUGGCAGAAGUUGUCCCAGCAUUUCCAAUCCAUGUACAGGGCGUUACCUUCCAAGCCGCGCGCCAGCACCGCCUGAAUUCUCUCUUCUGGACGCUAGAGCGUACGAAUUGUCAAUACGACGGCCAUCUCAGCCAAAUUCGGCUGAUCGAAUGGGCACGCACUCGCGAGGUAUAUCAUGCUCGAAAAGCCGUGAAUUCGCGAGAUGAUGACAAAGAGGCGGUUUACACGAAGGCAAUGCGCGAGGAAUAUGGUGGUAUUCAGAUGGAGGGACCUGACUCCUUCAACUCGAGAUACCACGCUUUCCAGUCGUAUCUGAACAGCGACUCUGGCAAAGAUGCAAGGGAGGUCAUCGAGCGUAAGGAGCAGGCUGAUUCCCAGUUCAACGACCUGCCGGAGCCACAAGAUGCGGCCGAAGAAGCCUCCGGAGCCCGGGCGGAGCAGCGCAAGAAUCGCGAGGAGCAAAAGGCCCGGAUUGACAAGAAAGCCAAAGCCCGCGUCGAUCGAACGAGAACACAGGGAGCUGAUGACGCUCCUGUCGACGACGAGGAUCGUAAGCACAAGUCUUCGGGUAAAAAGCCCUCGUUGCCUACAGAGUUCAAGCGCGCCACGGCCAAACAGCUUGCUAAGCGCCACCUAAAACCUUUGAAGGGGCGGAACUCUGCAAGUUCUACCACCACCCCAGCAACGCUUCCCAUUGCUCCGGUCUUGCAGCCCUCUCAGCAAGUAACGGAAGGCGACGAAACGGACCCAGAUGACCAUUUUGCGAACAAGUAUGGGGACUCUGACCAGUUCUGAGCGACCGAUAUUGGUGGCUGCCGUCGCUAUUGGCUUCAUUACUUCUUUCUCUUUUCUUUCUAGGUCCACAAUGCGGUUGUAUAAUGGGAGUAUAGAGCUUUCUUUGUGUUUUGGUUGAUAUAUCAGGUUAGGCAAACGGGGUGUUUUCGGAUUCUGUUGGAUGAUGGCCAGAGAUGCGAAAAGUGUCUAGCAUUCUGACCAACACACACCUGCUCUCGCGUCAUUUCUACAUGGUGCUAGUCAUUAUGUACAGCCUGACAGCUGUGUAUUCGACAAAGCAAUAUGUAGGAACGAGGCGAGGGUACGGGAGGCUUUCCUACCUGACAGUUUGGAGUCGCGUGCUGGUUUAGUCUUGUAUAUAGGAAAUGAGAAAGCUUUAGAUAC